AUGGAAGAUAAGAAGCAGAAAUCAAGUGAUCAUGGUCAUAAUGAUGAAUUCUCAAUAGGCAAAAGUGCUCAAGAAAGAGGGUUACCGUAUAUUCCUGAUUGUUACCUAAUACCUCCUUCCCAACGUCCGGAUGAGAACACCACCGAGACUUCUAAAGAUGUGCCAGUUAUUGAUAUAUCUGGUUUGCGCAGCACUCCUCACGAGAGGUCUCUCGUAGUAAAGGAUAUCGGUGUUGCUUGCCGACAAAAAGGUUUCUUCCAGAUCAUUAACCAUGGUAUUUCACAAUCCGUUCUGGACGAAGCUAUAACUGCAGCUUCCACUUUUUUUGAGUUGCCGAACAAGUACAAACAAGAAUUCAUGUCAAAUGAUGUUGCCAAGCCAGUGAGGUACGGGACGGGUUUGAAAGAUGGAUGUGACGUGGUUCAGUUCUGGAGGAUAUUUCUCAAACAUUAUGCACACCCGUUGGAAAAAUGGAUUCAAUAUUGGCCGUUAAACCCACCAGAAUACAGAGAAAAGAUGGCACAUUAUGCUGUAGACGUGAGAAACGUAGCAAUGGAAGUAAUGGGAGCUAUCACUGAAAGUUUAGGACUAGGUAACUCGUACAUGAGUGAAAAACUUGAGGAUGGAAUGCAAGUCAUGGCUGUCAAUUGUUAUCCACCAUGUCCACAACCGGAUCGUGUUCUAGGUUUACCACCGCAUACGGACUACAGCUGCAUAACAAUUCUUCUUCAAACUGGUCAAGGUCUUCAAGUUAUAUCAACAAAUGAGGAAGAAUGGAGACUCAUUCCCGAUGAUCACGGAGUUUUACAUGUUCAUGUUGGUGACUUUCUUGAGGUAUUAAGUAAUGGAUUAUAUAAGAGUGUUCUUCAUAGAGCUACUCUAAACUCGGAGAAAACAAGAUAUUCUAUCGCUAGUCUUCAUAGUUUGGGAAUGGAUGAAAAAGUGGAGACUGCAAAAGAACUAGUGGAUGAACACCAUCCUAAAGGAUAUAAAGGAAGUAGUUUCAGAGAUUUUCUUAAAUUUCUCUCUACUAAUGAUAUUGCUGAAGGAAGUAGCUUCAUCGAAAAUCUAAAGAUCAAAAGUUAG